GGCGCAUAUAAACGGGCGUGUGCUGGGCCCAGGCGGAGUCGGAGAGGCUGGAGCUACCAGACGGCCUCAGGCCUCAGGGGCCUCAGGGCUCAGAUGCGCUGGCUGUUGCAGUGGCUGCGGGCUGCAGCUGGGAGGUGUUGUUGUUCGUGUUGGAGCUCCGGGGCGCCGUGCGCGGAGCCUAAAAGGCCCGCUUCCUGGCCCGCGACGAUCGUCUGUGUGCAUGCUCACUGGCAGUGCCUGCUUCUCUCCCCUUGUCGCGCGAGUCAUGGCACUCCUGUACACGCAUGCAGCGGUCGCCCUCCACCUCCCACUGCCAGCAUCCCGCCACCAAACGCCUCGUGUGGUGCAAUGCUUUCCAACGUACAUUCACUUCCGGCCGGAGCCAACGUCUCUUCCACAUACCCUGUGUCGCUUGGUGCCUAUGGCAUCUGCCUUCUGCGGCUGUCAAUCGCACGCUGUGUGGGGAACCCUCUUCUUCGACAGAAGAUUGCUCAGCCGCUCGUCAGAUAGGCUGCAAGUCUAGUUCCUACUAUCUAGCCGGCUCUUGAACACACCCUAAAACAUGUCCUGAGGCCGCGCUCGCGCGACUUGAAUCGGCAGGAUGGAACCACGCCCAAGGUAGGUUUUAAGCGCUACAGGCCUAGAGUCGCUGCUCGA